AUGAACAGCUCCCACAGCAGCAUUCUGGACAUCGUCCAGAAAGAAAACACCACAUUGGUCUUGAAGAUCUUCCUGGUCAUCAUCACCUUAAGCCUGUCGGUGGCUACGGUGUUCAGCAGCGUGGUUCUCUGGACCAUAUUCAAGGUGAGAAUCCUUCGAGAGGAAACUCGGUACCUGUUGCUCUCCAACCUCCUCAUCAACGACUUGAUGUACAUUGUCCUGGUCCUGGUGCAAGCCUUGGUUCUGGUGACCGACAUGCCCGUCUCUUAUUUCUGGUGCGGCUGUAACAUUACCCUGGAGCUGGUCACCUUCUCCUGCGGCAUCUUGAGCCUAUCGGCCAUGACCGUGGACAAGUACAUGGGUAUCUGCUGGCCUCUGCAUUACAACUCCCUUUGCCUGCGGAAGCGGGCUGUGGUGGUGUGUGGCAUCCUGUGGGCCUUCGCCCUCCUGGACCCAGUGGUGAGCUUUGGGAUCCUGACGGCUUCCAACACCCAGAUCCUCUUUGACAUCAUCCCCUGGUGCUGCGCUGGGACCCUCUUCACCGAGCAGCUCAUCUCUCGUUCCUUUCUCUUCGUGCAGGAAGUGGUCCUGGGAGUCCUCCUCCUCAUGUGCUGCAUCCUCACCGUCUUCUGCUACGUCGGCAUCUACAAGGAGGUCAAGGUGACUUGGGAGCGGCGCUUUGUGAAGACCAAUGCCCAUAAGAUGUUCUGCCUCUACGUCUUCUGCCUGAUCCUUUACCUACUCCCAGCAGUGCUGCUCUUCAUUUCUGCCAACGGAUACCUCUUGCCUCACUUUUUCACUGAGCAGAAGGCCUUCAUUCUGGAGCUGGUGACGGUCAUGGUCAUCGCUGUGCUGCCCAGGUGCUUCUGCCCACUUGUCUAUGGAUUGAUGAUGAAGGAGAUCCAGCAGUACUUACCUGACCUCAAACCGCGCUGCAGAGCGAACAGAGUGAACCCCGAAGUCAAUGACGAGCACUCUGCUUUUUGGAAUUUAUAA